AUGCCUCUCUCGGGAUCCGGAUUCGAGAAAGAGGACAAUAUCCGGUCGACCUCAUCACACCUGGCAGGAUGGCAUCUUCCAGCAUCGCAGCCGUCCAACGUCGAACUGAGCCGUGGGCUUCCGAAUCCGCGACCCGACAGUGCGCAACGCUUUGUCGCAAGAGUGCAGCAAACUGCAUCGGAUUGGGCCGAGGUGGAGAGAAAGCCAGCUCCAAAUGCAUUACUUGAAAUAUGGAAACAACUUAUUGCGGUGCUGCAAGCCUUCAUCAAGGCAUAUAUGGAAUCGAAGAAGGCAUAUCUCGAACAAGCCACUCAAUCGGCUGCAGAAGGAAUGAUCGAUCUGUUGCGCGGCCACCAGUGUAUGAAGAAGCUACCCGACGCUUUUUCCAACUUUUGCUCCUUCCUGCUUCACUGCGUCUGUACAGUUCUUGUGGGAUCCGGCGAAGAUCUGAAUACCGUGGAACGCUUCAUCAAAAAGGUUUUGCCGAUCGCUGGAGAUCAAAAGUAUUUUGCACGAUUGCGGACUGCUACCAAGCAUACAUCGAAACUGAUCGAGGGCUUUGCUGAUGGCUUUCCAGACUUACAGUCAUGCUCCCAUCCAUAUUCUCAACUAAUGCUAUUCUGUUGCCCUGCCAUGAGUAUUCUUCGAGAGUGGUCAGAGUCUGCCAAUAAGGCACCCAAAGCUGCAGAUUUCAUGUCGAAACUGGAAUUUGCCAAGGAGGAUGCAUAUCUAUCAUUUUCACCGCCAUUUAUGCUGGCGUGUUCGGGCUUGCAGUUGGAUAAAAUCAACAAGGCGCUAGGAACAAGCCUAAAUAUGGACAAAUACAACCAGAGAUUCUCCGUCGCUGAGCGUGAGCUCGCCAGCCAAGCUCUACCAACCGAUGACCGGCGCACUGAAUUGGAGGACCUUUCUACACAUCUUGCGUCAAAUCAUCUUCAUUUUCUUGCUGAAGUUGCGAUCAGUGACGCAAGCUUGGGUCCUCGUAAUCAGGAGGAUCUUGGUUCUACCCUUAGUUCAGCUUGGCCCCGUGCCCACAACGAGGAAUCAGAUAGCCAGGCACCGGCCAAAGUCAGAAUAAUAUCGCGUGCUGUCAACCACGAAGAAGCUACUGGGAACGCGGACACUUGGAAUACGUCCGAUUAUCCGGCGCAGACACACGACACGACCCCGACAGAAGACAAUGCACUCACGACCACGGGCCAACUUCGUAGCGGCUGUCGCGAAAUGCUUCUCUCGACCAAAGAGCAUCGAACAUUCCCGCCGACUUCCAAGAAGCGCAAGGCCAACGGAACAUCUGCGGUCACGGACAGGGAGGGAGUGUGUUGCAAAUUUCGGUGGUUUUGCAAGGCGGGCGUUUCUCCGGUAAUUACAGGUUUCGCGAUGUGUGCACAUACCUAA